AUGCAUAUAAAGAUUGAUGAACCUGAUUCAUGGGACAUUAGUUAUGAUGACAAUAGUGGAUGGAAAGGUGUAAGACUUUUAUAUAUGGCUGGAUUAUACAAUAUAUGGCAAGAUAAUGAUUGCAUUAUGUAUUCAUAUUCUAUUAUAACAAUGGAUUCAAACAGCACACUGGAUUGGCUUCAUCAUAGAAUGCCUGCCAUUUUAAAUACAGAAAUGCAAAUCGAGAUGUUACUAGUUCAAUAUAAUUUGACGACCCAAAUGGCG